AUGAAUGUCCGGGGCGACAGAGGGGUUCAUCAAGGCCCGAGCCCACAACGAGGAGAGGCAUUUACCUCCAUCCUUGAGACAACGUCGGAUGCUCUUUUCAAGACUUUCAAUCGAAACAAUCGCUCUGUGGAGAGCAACGAAGCAUGCGAGCGAGAGGAGAAGUGCAUUGUCGAGGACGCAUUGCGGCACUUGCCACAACUCGACGCGUUCUCGCUAUCGCCGAUGUCCACUCGGACCUCAAGACACGCCAAUGGUGCCCCACUCGCAACAACGUCUUUCUCCUCGCGUCCCCUUUCGCGUUCCAGCAGCUCGUACACUCUGGCAGCUGACGAAGAAGCGCUUCUGCUGCAGGAGCUGGUGAACAUCACCGCCGGCGCCGCACCGUUUAUCUCCACUACUGCCCAGGAGAAGCAGAACGCCGACGGCGCGGAAAAGAAGCCGGAUGAGCCCGGGAAGCUAUGGAGUCGCAGCAGUGCGACAGACACACAAGUACCAGCAGCUACCAACACACUAAACGGUGGUGCUGCAUCUACCUCACCACCAGUGUCAGUAAGCAACGUCGAUGCCACUUCUUCGGCUGCGUCCUCCUUACAUCCCGUCACACAAGGUGGCAAAGGCGCGAGCUCGUCAAAACGAAGUCGCGCUGUGCCCCCUCCCCCAUUUUCCAAGGCGACGGUGCUGAAAGAAGAGCAGGAUAUCCUCGAAGCCAUUCUCGCCGCUGUGGAGGGCCAGCAAUCAAGCGUAAGUGGUGAUCUGCUGGGCGAAACGUCGUCUGCAGAGGCCACUGGAGCGACGGCACGGGCUGCGGACAGCAGUGGAGUCAGUGAUGAGGAGCUAGAUGCGGUGGACCUGGUCUUGGAGCAGGCGAAAGAGCUGGCCUCCUCGUCCGUGCAGUGCGAGACUCAAUGGGACAAGUCGGUACUGCACGUUCACGAGCACAUUGCGCUUCGCCACAAACUGGCGGGCCUGCGAAAAACAGUCGGGGCACCGACCUGUGUAGCCCUUGCAGAGCUGUUCGGCACAAGUACCACGGCACCGACACACUCAAGCGCCGCUUCACCAGGGACUCACACAGGAUUGCAGUCGCUCAGCUGUGCCAUAGGCACCACACUUGGCGUCGUCGUUCUCUUCGAUCACCGGUGGACCGUGCUGGGCACAUGUGGCUCUGUGGAAGCAAGCGUGGAGAACGCGCGUGGCGCCGUCGUCUCUCUGUCACUCUGCGUUUCGGCCCCUAGAUUUGGUGGGGCCGAUGAGGGGGGCGAUGGGCGAACGGCAGCCACCGGUCACGCUAGAGGCACAUUUGUUCUCUGGUCGCUGUACACGCUCACCCCUCUACGAGUUGUGUCAGACGAGGCCAAGGUGCCGCUGCUGCGUGUGGUGCACCUGCAUCGUGAUCCGACACACAUUCUCGUCUUGGAGAGUAGUGGCGCCGUGAAGCUCUUCCACUUCUGGAAAGUGAUGGCCAAACACAUGUUGCGCGCCACUUCCAUCACCUCCGCUUCAGCGGCAGCGCCAAUCAGCGACAUGGACACGCUGCCGUGCCCUAGCAGCUUCUACAUGACCAAUUUGGGAACGGUGAAGCAGCACCUACCAUCUAGCGAUGGUGUGGAAAGCGAUUCAGACGUCGGUGGGCCGUGGCUUUGCGCACCCCCACCGCUCCCGCCAGCCGCCGGCGCCGCCGCGGCAGGCAUCUCGCGGACGGCGUGGUCCACCAUCGCUGGCAAGCAUUUUGUUGCUACAGUAAGCAAUGACGCAGCGCUGGUGUACCUUGUAGAGACCGGCUUGCAGGGCAGCGUCACAGGUGUGGCGCGCCACACACACGCACCCUCAUCCGGGCUCGGCAAUGAGCUGGUUCGCUUUGUCGUGGCGGAGCUAGGGACAGCGACUCCUCGGCUGUUGCUAUGCAUUUCGUGGAGUACCGAGGUGGAGCUGCUCUUGAUGAAUCUGCGCCUUCCAGAGCCGAGCGGCAGCCGGAGGACGGCGGCGAGGGAGCCGACGUUGGAGGGUCUGGAGCGGCUUGUCCUGUUCCGGGUGACGGCGCCGCUGGUACAGAUGGUGCCACUAGCGGGGUGCAGCAUGCUCCUGUGCGACCAAAACAAAGACGCUCAACUCAUGGACGCCUCGGUGGCCAUCGUGGCGGAGCGGCACCGCUUCGGCUCUCUUGAGUACGUCGGCUUUGCAAGCCGUCUAUGUGGUGUCAAGUACCACGGGACCGCUGCGUCGAACGGCGCCGCGGCCUUGCUCAUGGGCAAAGACCACGUUUACGGUAUUGCUCUGCGUUCGUGGCGAGAAAGGCUGUCCUCACUGCUGGCGCGCCGCCAGUUCACACAAGCGCUGGACCUCGCGAAAGGGUUUGCUGAAGAAGUGGCGCUUUCCACCGUUGGCCUAAGCAGCAACGUCGUGAACAGCCGCCGCCAACUCCAUCAAUUUAUGGAGCGCAUCCUCAUUGCAUACGUAGAGAGCCGUCUCCCUUCGUUGGUGACCACCGGCGUUACAGGGAAGCCCCCUGGCGCACAGUCAAAGCCGUGGACGGGAAACGGUGACCCGAGUAGCGGGGUUGAGUUCCUUCUGGAUAUGCUGCAGGAGAUUGCAUCGUACUGCAGCGCGGUCGACGGCUUGAAUUUGCUGUUUGGCCCCGUCGCCCUCGCGCUUCAGCAGCGGGGACUGCUUUCGCAUUUCUUAUACGUGAUGGAGCAGUGCAUCCGGCACGGCAUCAUCACCUACAUGCCAGAGCCGCUCAUUGAGCGAUUUAUUCACUUGUUCCUGGAUGAUACUGAGCUUUAUGCGGUGGAAGUAGCGCUGGGGGUGCGGCGGCGCGCAGCAGACGAGAGAAGGGAAGCGCAAGAAGACGCGCUCGAUGCAGGGCAGGAUGGCGAUUCAGCUGGGAAGACAAGCGGCAAGGAGCGUAUGGAACUCGCCCUCAUGUGCCUCGACACGGACUUUCCUAGUUUACUGCGAUUUGCGCAAGAGCACGGUUUGAUACGCCUCACUGUGACUAUCCUGUCGCUGCGGCAGCAACGCUAUGUCGAUGCCCUCGCGUACGCGCUGGAGGAGGAGCAGAGGAUAGACGAGGCCCAUCACGUGAAUGUCUGUGGCACAGACAUAUGCGUGCCACGGGUUGAAAAGCCUUGGCGUCCCUUUCACGCAGUCAACGUCGCCUCGGUGGCUGUUGACUUCGUCGAGUGCACCUUGAAAGGUGGCAGCCUUCUUCCAGGGGCCGAUCUUGCCAUCGAUGAACAGCGUCCUGCCAAGAAGGCGAUUCUCGAAUAUCUUCUACGGAGGACCUCCAGCGAUGACAGGACCGAGGGCAGCCGUGCGGGUGGUGCGGCACACAACCUCCUCCGCUUUUUGCGACGGCAACCGGAGCACGCCAUGCGUGUUCUCCUCUUUGCCCUCUCCGACGAAGGCCCAUCCAGUCCGUGGGGCGCAGCGGAUGGGCUCUCUCGUACCCAAUUCGUGUCUAGUGUGUACUUCCUCUUAACCGGGGGCUCGCGCACCCGGCCACGUCAUGCAACAGAGAGUGAGUUGCUGUCGUCGAGCGGUCAGCCGCAGGGUCCCCUGGAUCUUUUCCGUUUUGACGAUGAAACAUUGAGUCGACUGCCGGCCCUGCGGGUGCUGAAGGCGGCAGAGCUGGCUCAGCGCCCCUUCCCGCCCUACAUCGCCGUCCACACCUUCCUCUCCGGUGCUGCUAUCUUCAACGAACUUUUUCUCUCCACGGGCUCCGAGGAGCUCGUCAACGAUGAACUGGACCGACCCUCUGUGCGCUUCGACGUCUGGCUUGACCUGGUCAUCCAAGACGUGCUCUUUGCGUUUCAGUGCGCCGAGACAGUUGAGGAGCGGAGGCAGUUACAGGAGCACCUGCUCCGUGUCCUGAGCCCUGAUCUGGUUCCGUCGUAUCGUGUCGCUGUCUUUCAGCCGCACUUCACGCGGCUUCGCAUGGCGCGCUGCUUAGCCGCCCUCCUAUGCAAGGAGCAGCGAUAUGCAGAAGCGAUUGCAUGUUACAUCGACCCCAUGCAGAACCGCGUGGACACGCAGCUACAGUACGAUGUGUUUAAGAUGCUUCGUGGCGAGAUGCAGCACUUGCAAGACGUGAAGACGCGAAUUAUGAACCGCGCCCAGCAAGAGCUGAGUCGCAGUCACCGCUUUGGAAGCACCAUGCUCGACGAGGAUCGCGGCUGCGUGAGCGUAGGGGACAGCAGCAACCCCACGUUGUUGAGAAGCGGGUCGCCCAUGCUUGGGGUGGGCGGUGGCUUUGACGACGUCAGUGGGCAACAGCUCAGUAGGACAUCUUCGGUGACCUCCCCUACUGUUGCCGCGACAGACACGGCUCCCAUCGAUGCGGCCAUCAAGGCCCUUCAGCGAGCGGUGAUGAGUCAGGUGGAGUUGCUCGUCCGCAUUGACGCGACGGCGCUCGCGCAGUUCAUCUUUGACUACUUGCCCUCGAACCAACGCGAAGUGGUGCGGCUGCUUCGUGGGUCUAGCGCCGCCUUCCUGGACUACCUCGAUGAGUUGAUGAGCCAAGGGAACCAGGCAGUGGCAAACGAUAUGAACUUGCAGAAUACAUACAUCGAGCUUCUCUGUGCGCAUGCGCCGAAGCGUGUGCACACCUAUCUACAGGAAAAGGGCGACCGAGUCACCUACGAUGUGCAGCUAGCGCUGCGUGCCGUGCGCAAGCACCGUAUCGCUGACGCUUCCGUAUACUUGCUGAAAAAGGCGAUGAUGAUCGAGGACGCGAUAAUGGUGAUGCUGCGGGCAGUGCGCGAGCUGCUCGGCGCCCUUCGCGAAGAGGUUUUGACCAGCUUGGCCACAGCUGCGGAAACCAUGACUGAGGCACAGGGCGGUCAAAGCGGUGACGGAUCUACACUAGUGUUAACAAACACAACCGCUGCUGAUACAAGUGAAGCCGUAACACUGCGUGGACGCAAAGGGCACUCAGCUGACGGAAAGGAUGCCCCGCAACUGUCGUUCGAGGUCACCUCUUUGAACUCUGCGGCUGAACUGUGGCGCUUUGUUGCGAUUGGAGAGGAGCUCUGCAGCGAGUAUCAAGCGAACCGUGUUGGUGGUGGGGCAUUGGCCACUGGUGCCGCCACCACUCUUACAGUUGAGUCUUCGCGGCCUUUUCCUGCGGCAGGCCACGGCUCUCCCGGCGGCCCUCCGCAACGCCCCGAGUACUGGUUUCGAUUGCUCGAUGUUUUCAUGGUGCCGCGCCGGCUCUUGUGCGAGGUGAUGACGCAAGACGACCGGCUACGUGCUCUGGACACGGCGGCGCCGUCAGCUCGACCGGGCGCAAGCAGCGACCCCACAGGUAUGAGCAGCGAGCUGGAUGUCGCGGCUCACAUCGCUAUGGCGUCCCAUGGAGGCGCGACAGCUGCGUCACUGGGACAUCCACCCUCUGCUGUGGGGCCGCUGCCGCAGCACUUGCCGAAGUUGACCACACCUCUUAGCAGCGAGCAGAGACGGUGCGUCGAUGCGCUUGUCGCGGUCUACACCCAGUACACAUGCAGCAUCCUUCGAUCUAUGAUGUGCUCCAUCGACAUCUCUGUCGUGGUGGACAAGGUGGUGCAAGAGAACAAGGGCGAAUCCUUUCGCUCCUUGAAGCCCAUUAUUUUGGAUAUGAUGGCCUCCCUCACCUUCGACCUCGAGGCGAAUCGUCUGUGCGAGCUUGCGGCAGAGAGUGAUGCGGUGCUGUUGGGGCGUGAGCGCUAUCAGAUGCUGAACAUGGGGGUGGUGCCACAGUCGGACUGUUGUGCCUUGUGCCACAUUCAUCUCAGUCAGCUCCCGCUGCUGCUGCCAACGAAAGACGGGGUGAGUGCUGCUGCCGCGCCCGACCUCGUACCUUCGACAGUCUCCGUGUACAAGUGCGGUCACGCUUUCCACACGGUCUGCGCUGUGCAGGCGAUGAGGCCGCACCAGGGGUGCUGGGCGUGCGUGCAGAAGCGGUUUUCUUCUGCACAGUCAGAAGGACCUGAAGCUUAUAGUGGUGCUACUGGUGCGCGUGCCGCGUGGCCUUCCGCAAUCGGCGGUGCCACUGCCGAUCGCACUGGGCAUCGGGGCCAUGUCGCCACCCCUGUUCCCACCGUCGUCAUCCGACCAGGCGAGAUGACCCUCGAUGUGGCUCGCAUGCAGCGCAGGGUGCGUCAGACGAAGGUGAAGAUGGACCAUUCCGAGGACCUCUACCCGAUGUUCAAGUCGCUCCUGGCAUGGGACACAUCGUUGUCCGGCUAUCCGCUCGGCGAUGCCGAUGGGGCGACACUGGGAAAAUUGGGACUAGGGGAUACUGGCGAGAAAGAUGGACCCGGUGCAACAGGAGACGGGACAGGCAACGGGCUACUUGCGCCGUCUAUGCCCAUGCCCGCGCCGCUCGGCGAGAUGCACGAAUCCGUGACGAGAGCAAUGGCAACCGCGCAGGAUAAGGCCUUCAACGUCGACACCCUCACCGAUGCAGAGAUUCUAGAACUGUUUGGCGGAGUCUGA